CGACAACAGCAAUGAAUUAUGGUUCAUACCAGUACUCGUGCUAACCUGCCGCCAAUUGAAAGACAAACCGGGACACUCGACGCAAGUCUACUAUGUUCUGUCGGGGGGAAACGAAAGGGAUUUCUGUGGAUUUCUGGACCGGGUUGCUCCUGUUGCUAUGGUCAUUGAGUGGAAGGGGUUUAGAGUUGUAUCAUACGAUGCUAUGGUCUGGUCUGGCACAAUGCAGUAGUCUGGUUGUGCAUGGGCAGCGGAGGAGCACAGCACGGGUGCAUAUUUUACGAACUUAUUAUAGAGGGAUUUUGAUGCAUCAUGUAGUACGAUGGGUCUGGAAUAAACUUGGCAUACAGAGAACCUUAAAUGUUAUCCAAUGAUUAAAUGAAAGAAUAUUAUCAUGUUCCUCCUGCG